CCACCUGCGCCACAACUCGUACGGAAAGAAAUCGUCAAGAAGAAGCGGAUCAAGCCGCGACCGAUCUUGAGCGAGGAGUUCGCCAAGUCAGAUAGCGUCUACUAUCGCAAAACUGGUAAUGAGUCCGUGGUUGGAAGUGGUACAUACGGCAAAGUGUACAAGGCGACUCAUGUCUACACUGGUGGCAAGGUUGCAUUGAAGAAGAUCCGAAUGGAGGGUGAACGGGAUGGCUUUCCUGUCACUGCGAUACGAGAGAUCAAACUUCUGCAAUCAUUAAACCAUGUGAACAUUGUUCCACUUUUAGAAGUCAUGGUGGAGCGGAACGAUUGCUUCAUGGUGUUCGAAUACCUUUCUCACGACCUCACCGGACUUCUGAACCAUCCGACAUUUACACUUACCAACGCCCACAAAAAACACUUGGCUAAACAAUUAUUCGAGGGCCUUGAUUAUCUUCAUCGCCGAGGCGUGCUACAUCGAGACAUCAAGGCCGCGAAUAUACUUGUCUCAAAGACAGGGGAAUUGAAGUUGGCCGACUUUGGACUCGCGCGCUUUUACCAGAAGCGACAGAAACAAGACUACACAAAUCGUGUCAUCACCAUCUGGUAUCGAAGUCCUGAACUUCUUCUCGGCGAAACACAAUAUGGUCCGGCCGUGGACAUUUGGAGUGCCGCAUGUGUUCUAGUUGAAAUAUUCACCCGCCACGCCAUUUUCCCUGGAGACGGCGGCGAGAUCAAUCAACUAGAAAAGAUAUACAACGUCCUUGGCACGCCGACACGAAGUGAGUGGCCGGGCAUUGUCGAUCUGCAAUGGUACGAACUCCUGCUCCCUCCGCUUCCACCACCCCGUGCCGGCUCAAUUUCGGCCUCAACAGUACGACCUUCCUCGACUUUCGCCGAAAAGUAUCGCGAGAAGGUCUCUCCUGCCGCUUUCGACCUUUUGGCGAAUAUGUUUGUUUACGACCCUGCUCGCCGACCAUCCGCAGCCGACGUCCUGGCCCAUGCUUACUUCACCACCGAAGAACCUGCACCUGCUCAGGUCGUCGAAUUGGCGGAUUUGGAGGGCGACUGGCAUGAGUUCGAAUCCAAAGCACUGCGGAAGGACAAGGAAAGGCAAGACAAAGAGGCGAGAAGA